UGCCGGUCUAAACUAAACAACCCUGCUAUCGAUGUUUAUUCCAGAUACCGAGAGUCUCACUGCAGCCGGGCAGCAGUUUGUAAUAAUUUAAAAUUUCAAAAUUGAUUUUCUGUUCUAUUAGUAGUACCGCAAACCGCCUAAGGAACGGGUGUUUUUUGAAUCGAUUUGUUUUGUCCAGUUGAAUUAUUAAGGGAAAAUAUCAACCUUUAUUUUAUUUAAACUAUGACGAACCAUGAGGUGGAUCAAGAUAAUACACAACAACAAAAUCAUCCGAACCGAAAUUUUUGUUAUGGAACAAUUCUCUUGAUAUUGGACAUUAUAAUUAUAAACUUGAAAUUUUGGUUCUAUACUUUUGAACACAUUUACCUGAGUUUUUACCAAAAGGAAGAAAAGGAUGUUAGAGGAGAAAUUGUUUUGAUAACCGGAACAGCUCAUGGAAUUGGCAGGGAUACUGCUUUAGAGUAUGCCAGUAAAGGGGCCACAAUCGUUUGCUGGGAUAUCAAUGAAAGAGGCAAUAAUGAGACGGUUAAAGAAAUCAAAGCAAUGGGAGGAAAAGCCUUUUCUUACGUAUGUAAUGUCUCCAAAAGGGAAGAUAUUGUUCAAGUUGCUGAAAAAGUUAAGAAAGAAGUUGGUUUUGUGAGUAUUCUAGUCAAUAACGCUGGUAUAAUGCCAUGCCAUCCACUUUUGGACCAUAACGAAAAUGAAAUUCGAUUAAUGUAUGAUAUCAAUGUCCUCGCACAUUUUUGGAUGAUUCAAGAAUUUCUCCCAGAAAUGAUUAAACAAAAAAGAGGGCAUAUUAUUGCUUUGUCAUCGUGUGCUGGUCUUAUUGGUUUGAAAAACUUAGUACCUUAUUGUGGUACUAAAUUUGCUGUUAGAGGUGUAAUGAAUUCUUUCUAUGAAGAACUUCGUAGAAUGGAUCUUCAUAAACAGAUUAAAUUGACAACGAUUUACCCAUACAUGGUAGACACUGGUUUGUGCAAGAAGCCUCAUUUCAGAUUCAAGUCAAUGAAACUUGUUAAACCUCAAGAAGUAGCCAAGACAAUUGUUAGUGCACAAAGACGAGGCAUUAUGGAACUUAGUAUACCUCAGCAUUAUUUAUAUUUGGAAAAAUUCAUCAAUAUUUUUCCGCGAAAAGCAUGCGAAGUUGUGUCAGAUUUCCUUGACACUGGAGUUGAGUCUGAUUUGUGAACAAUCUGUAAUAAGCAGUAUUUUUGUACUUUUAUAAAUUUUAUGAAAUGGUUGUUUCUUUAUUAAUAAAAAAAAUUGUUGUUGUACGUUA